AUGAUGUUUCUUUUUUAUUUAUUAACUGUAUUUGCAUUCUUAAAGUCCAAAAGGAAGGUAUUUAAUGUAAAUGUGCUAAUUUCCCAAGAGUAUCUCAACGCAUAUGAGCAAACACAUCCAUCACUCGGUACAGAUCUGAUGACUAUUGCGCUUGCUCUGGAGUCUGCCUUUAACAACUCAACAAUGGCUAAGAGUAACGGAUACGAAAUAGCUUUUGAAAUAUUCACGCCUGUUGACAAUCCAUUUUUGGCGAAAAUGGGCCUACAAAUAUGUGAAGGAUCAAUUUCAAAUAUUCUUGACCUUUUAAAUGAUGUUAACAGAUUUGACAAUACACAUCACUACAUUCUUCUUCUACCUUGCCCGCCAGUAAUGUUUAAUGAAAUAUUCAACAGUGUGGGUAUAGACGUGCCAAUCGUAGAUUAUCCAUCAAACAUUGAAUGCUCCAAAAGAAUCGCAAUUUUUUAUGAAGCAAACUACCAGCAACUGUUUUCUUCGUUCUCAAAUGCGCUGUUGAAAAUAAUCAAUGCACCACCUUCUGAUUACAACACCGUUACCGAAAGUGCCUUGGGCGAUGAAGGUCUUAAGACAUCUAUAACGAUAAAUGACAACACAAUAUAUAAUAUUCUGAGCAGUAAAUGUUUCCUCAAUGCCAGAGGCUAA